GGCUGUGUCCUGGUCUGCUACCAGGCUAACUGGUCUCACAACUCCACUUUGCAUGACACCCUUGGGCGCUCACCCCAUCCCGAGGAGGUGAUGGAGCUGGAGUGGGGCUUUGGCCCAAUGGUGCUGUUAUGCCGGCUGAAUGCGCGGCAGGAACGUAGGUCAUACGCGUAGCCAGAUAGCUUGAUGGUGACUGCGCCUGAUAACGGUUUGCACGUACAGGUGGCAAGGCAACAUACCCCAUGUGGGUGUUCGCUAGGUACACGGGGGAGAGCAGCAAGCGGCCGCCCAUGCUCCAAAAUCUCAGCGAUUAUCCAGACUCCAUUUCCAAAGCCCAGUGGUGGUGGCAGCGUCACACUGGUGCUGACUUGUCCGAUUUCCUUACAGACACCAGCCUACAGCUGCGGUUGGCUGUAGUGCAGAACGAACGUCUAACAGUAGCUGACCUUCCAACUGCCCUCGCUGACCGCUAUGCGUUUUAUACAGCACAGUCCGUGCCCCCAGGGCUGCUAGAAUGGGCGCUGGGGCUGUGCUUUGCUAACGAUGCAUCUUCUCUUUUAGACAAUGGGGUGCCAGGGAGCACACCGAAAGCCCUUGGUCGAAGGGGAAAGCUGAGCCGCUCUCAAAGAGACACGGCUAGGGGCAGGGAAGCAAGUAUGCGGAAGAUGGUGGAGCAGAAACGUGGAGAGUUUAGCAAUGCAUCUGUCCAGUUCAUCUUUAUCGAGGACCGAGGGGCAAAAGUACCUGUAGCAUAUGCAGCUUACAGGCCGGACCUUGAUGACGCGAAGCUAGUGCUGCGCCUGUCUGAAGUACGUGUGGAAGAGCGGGCACAGCGUGACGGUAUCGGCAGUGGCCUCGUCAGGGGCCUUGUACGCUUUGCGGAGCGGCUCCAACUUGCGGCGGUGGUCGUGACAGUAGCCGCUGACAAUGCCGGGGGCAAGAGGUUCUUUGAAGCAAUAGGAUUUGUGACACACGAGGGAACCAGCAAGGCCACUAAGCGGGAGACCUGCUUGGUUCUCUCCAUCCAACCACUUUCCUUCAAUCGUACAAUGGAGCCCGUGCAGCGGUACAGCCUGGAUGAGGUGCGCGAAAUGGAGCGGGCCGCAUCUCGGUUGCGGCCAGCGGCCGGCGCCGGUUGGAUCAAGCUUGGAGCGGGCGGGUUUGGCUCGGUAACAGCUGGUGUUACAGCUUCCGCACGCAGGGUGGCCAUCAAGCGGUUUACACUGGGCCCAAGCACCAGUACCGACGUCCUUCGUGCUAUCCGGCAGAACAUCACAGUGGGGAUGACCUGCUGUUCUGAGAACCUGUUGCAGCUCGUAGGGAUAGCCCAUAGCCCGGCGGGAUCGGUAACUGGUCUGGUCUGGGAGGAGGCGACCCAUGGCAGCCUGGAACCGCCAGGACCCAACCUGCCACUCCAGCAGGUUGUCGGGCUGCUUGCUGACGCCGCCAAUGGCGCUGCAGUGUUGCACGACGCAGGGCUGGUUCACAGGGAUAUCAAGCCUGCUAACAUCCUGGUCACUGAUCGUGGUCACGGCGUCGUCGGUUUACUAGCAGACUAUGAUGUGACCGUGGAGUCCGGCACGCGGUUUGGCUUGGUGGGCACCCCUGGCUACCGGCCCCCAGAAGCCGAGGGUCAGCCCGACCCACAGGCUACCACCACCUACCACACCCUGGCGUUUGACGUAUACAGCUUCGGAGCAACCUUAGCCACAGUCCUCUUCCGCACCAGUGCCGUGGGCCCUACCGUUUGCGUGGUACAGACUCAGCUGGUAGCCGAGUGCAGGUCCCUGGUGGAAGAAGUUCAGAAUGCAUGGGCUGAAGGCGCCGUGAUGCCGUCAUUUGAAGUGGUACGCAGACUUCUGGAUCUGGCCGCCGCAGCCCUCGUCAAAACCCCUGGAGGUCGCUUGCAGCAUGCAUGCGGCCCCAACUCUAAUAAAGCCGCGGGAGACUAUAUGCGUUUUAUAGCGAUACGGCUGCGGGAACUGGCAUCCGGGUUAACUAGGUGAUGGGGACUGAUUGCGCAGUGCAGUAGAUGCGGGGGGGAACAAGGAAAACUGACGAAUUUGCGGGGGGGUUGUUGUUUGGAAUGGUGGCAGUGGUGGUCUGUAGUAUCCAGUUAUGGUAGUUGGCAUGCGUGUGCUCCUAGUUUACUACUGCC